GUUUCUUCAAAGAAAAACUAGAACGCAAAAUCAAUAGCUUAAUACUCCUAUGGGCUAUGGCAAUGGCAUGCAAAUUUUCACCCAUUUGAAGCGGGCUCUAAUCUGGACUUUUUUACGGCCCGGGCUGGCCCAGGCCCACAACCAAUAGCUUAUUCUACGCCAUACAAAUUUACAGUACUACCCUCCCCGUCACAGGCGAAAGUGCGCGCCAACUUCUCUCACUCUUCUUUCUCGGCGUUGGAGCAGAGAAGUUCUACUGUCACCCUACAAUGCCGGAGCUACCGGAGGUUGAGGCGGCGCGUCGGGCGCUGGCAGAGCACACCGUCGGGAAGAAGAUAAUAAAAGUGAUUGUAGCUGAUGAUUCCAAAGUCAUUGACGGUGUCUCUCCCAAGGACUUCGAGGCAGCGCUCGUUGGAAAAACUAUCGUCGCCACGCAUCGGAAGGGAAAGAACAUGUGGAUUGAACUUGAUUCCCCUCCUUUCCCCUCUUUUCAAUUCGGAAUGGCUGGGGCUGUAUAUAUCAAGGGAGUUGCAGUCACCAAAUAUAAAAGGUCUGUGGUGAAGGAUACAGAUGAAUGGCCUUCCAAGUAUUCCAAGUUAUUUGUUGAACUUGCUGAUGGUUUGGAAUUCUCAUUUACUGACAAGAGGCGGUUUGCUAAAGUUCGCCUGCUUGACAAUCCUGUUUCUGUUCCCCCAAUCUCUGAGCUUGGGCCUGAUGCAUUAACGGAGCCCAUGACAGAAGACGAGCUCUGCAACUCAUUGAAAAAGAAGAACAUUGGAAUUAAGGCUCUUUUACUUGACCAGAGUUUUCUUUCAGGCAUUGGCAAUUGGAUGGCUGAUGAAGUUUUAUACCAAGCAAGAAUUCAUCCACUGCAAACUGCUUCCAGCCUGUCGAAAGAAUGCUGUACAAACUUGCUCAAGUGCAUUAAUGAGGUAAUUGAAAAGGCACUUGAGGUUGGGGCCGACAGUAGUCAGUUCCCUGAUAAUUGGAUUUUCAAUUCUCGGGAAAAGAAGCCCGGCAAGGCUUUUGUUGAUGGGAAGAAACUUGACUUCAUCAAAGCUGGUGGCAGGACAACAGCUUAUGUCCCUGAGUUGCAAAAGUUGAGUGGCAACCAAGCUGUAAAAGAGACAGAUAAAAGAUCUAAGCGCACUAGUUCUGGAAAAGGUGGCGGUGUUGAUGAGUCAGGAUCGGAGGAUGAGCCUAUGGAACCAAAAGUUGCGAAAGGGAGGAAGAGUAGUAGUGCUAGUAAGUCCUCAAAGAAAAAGUCCAAUGCCAGUGUUGAAGACUCUGAUGGUGAUGAUGUACCUUCAAAGAGAAAAAGAGGGGCAAAGAAGCCUCCUGCAAAGAGCAAACCCAAGGGAGGCAAAAAUGGAGAAGUGGAGCGGAGACAAACUAGAGGGAAAGGUGCUUCUGCAAAGAGAAAGCACGAGGAAAGUGAUGACAACCUCAGUAAUUCCAGUGAAAAUGGAGUCGAGGAUGAGGAGGAAGAUGCUUAGAAGGUAAUGAAGGCAAAAAGCUGCAGUAGCAUCCCAGAAAUGGCACUACAAAACAAGUAAUCUACCAGAAUAUUAUAUCUGGCCUUUCUCCUUCCAAGUUCUGUGAAGGGGAGAUGUAGGGUAUCUAACAGAAAGAGGUGCUAUUUUUUGUGUAAUUUAGAUUGAUUGCUCUUUCUAAUUUAUGAGAUUCUUAAACAGAAUUAGUAGAGUAGUGUUUUGGGCCUAAGCAGCAUUUAUCAUAUGGUUUUGGAUGGAAGGAAUUUUGUACGCGUACAGUACAAGUGGUGUUUUUUGUACUGACUUCCACAUGCAUUGCUAAUGACAAUGCCGUGUUCAAAGUUAUGGUAUUUAGGUGUCUUAUCAUCUAUGUAGUGCCACUUCAAGGCUUGCUUAUUUGGCGGGAAAAGAAUAUACGUAUAAAUGUUUAGUUAA